AUGGUACAACGACCGGUUGCACCGAGACGUAAUGUCAGGAUACUCCUGAUCGGCGAUCAAGGAGUCGGCAAGACCUCCCUGAUUCUGUCGUUGGUCAGCGAGGAGUAUGCUGAGGACGUUCCUAAGAAGGCUGAAGAAAUUACAAUACCUGCUGAUGUUACGCCUGAGCAGGUUCCCACACACAUUGUUGAUUAUUCUGCUACGGAGCAGACGGAUGAUCAGCUGAAAGAAGAAAUUCAAAAAGCCCAUGUAAUUUGUGUAGUUUAUGCUGUCGAUGACGAUGACACACUUGACAGGGUUGCUAAUUACUGGUUACCGCUUAUCAGAAAGUACUCCUCCAGCAAUAGAUGUCCUGUGGUGCUGGUUGGAAAUAAAAUAGAUCUUGUUGACUACUCAAAUAUUGAAGCGUACCACGCGAUUAUGAAGGAGUUUUCGGAGGUUGAAAGUUGCAUUGAGUGCUCUGCUAAAACGUUACAAAAUAUUUCCGAAAUGUUUUAUUAUGCACAAAAAGCUGUACUUCAUCCUACAACCCCACUUUACAAUGACAGUACACAAGAACUUACUGAAGAAUGUAAGGUCGCUUUACAAAGAAUAUUUAAAAUAUGUGACUUUGACAAUGACGGUUUAUUAAAUGACUUGGAGCUAAAUGCUUUUCAACAAUCGUGUUUUAAUACACCACUGCAGCCACAAGUACUUGAAGACGUCAAGGCAGUUCUUUCAAAAAAUAUCAGCGAUGGUACUUGCAACGGCUGUGUUACUAUGAAAGGUUUCAUGUAUUUGCAGUGUUUAUUUAUACAACGUGGGAGAAAUGAAACAACAUGGGCUGCUUUGAGAAAAUUCGGCUAUGACAAUGAAUUACAAAUGUCUAAAGAGUAUAUUCACCCCCCCUUGAAAGUACCGCAAGGAUGUACAACGGAGUUGUCUCACAAGGGACAAGAAUUUUUAACAAUAUUGUUUAUGCAGCAUGAUAGAGAUCGUGACGGUGCUUUAUCACCCUCUGAGAUGGAAUCAUUGUUUUCGCGUUGCGUAACUCCGCCAUGGGGAGAUGAGUAUAAAUAUACAGUAGCGACUAAUGAGAAGGGUUGGAUAACUUAUCAAGGAUACAUGUGUCAAUGGGCACUAAUAACUCUAACCAAUGUACGUAAAACACUCGAAUACAUGGCGUAUCUCGGUUAUAAUAUAUUUAAUGAUGAAUGUCAAACGAGUGCAGUGACUGUUACAAGAGAGAAAAAAUUAGAUCUCGCUAAAAAGCAGUCCAGUCGUAAUGUUUACACUUGUCAUGUAAUUGGACCAAAGAGUAGUGGUAAAACGACACUGUGCAGAAGUUUUGUUGAUCCUAAACUUGAGAAAUUAAAGAAUGAUAAUGUACCAUCGAAUGCAAAUGUAACGGCAAAUACAGUACACGUUUAUGGCCAAGAAAAAACAAUUAUUUUACGGGAUAUAAAUAUAAUGAACGUUCAAGAUGCCUUGACUCCCGCACAAAUUCAAUGUGAUGCAGCAGCACUUGUAUAUGAUGCAAGUAAUCCCAAAUCUUUUGAAUACAUUGCGCGAAUUUACAUUAAAUAUUUUGCUGAUAGCAAAAUACCUGUAUUAAUAAUAGCGAAUAAAAGUGAUUUGUCAGAAAUCAAACAAGAGUAUUUACUGCAACCAGCAAGCUUUUGUAACAAGUACAAAUUGAUGCCACCGCAGCCGUACAGUGUUACGCGAAUAGUUAGGCCUGAAAUAUUUGUUAAAUUAGCAACAAUGGCAGCAUUUCCCACUUUUCGACGUAUGGUCCACAUGUUGCUUGACAAUCCUUCACCAAGUCAAUGGUGGAGUUCUUUUACAAGACACAUGAAGCAGUUCGGAUUGAUGCAAGGCGACUCAGUAGUUUGGUGGAAAGCUGGAUUAGGACUUGCAGCAGCUACCGUUGCUGGUUUUAUUAUGAUGAAAGUCUUCAAUUCAGAAAAAAGAUAG